GAUGUAUAUGCAUCAUACCUAUUAACAUAAACACAGAGCCAGAACGCUGUAGCUGGCGCUUCGCUAGUUCGCCUGGGGUUCGGAGCACGUCUGCUCCGCAGCGCCGGUUGCUCUGCCCCUGACAAAUCUGAACAUAUUUCACAGCUUUAGCCAUAAACUCAGUGGUGAAUGCGCUAGAGCAGGAGUGUUUGGGGCCCAUCGAUUAACCGAUGGCUUCCAUCUAUGACCUUAUCCAGCGCACCAACAUCAUACUUCAAAAGUAUGAGCGGUACGACGCUCCCAUCAAGACCAGGGGCAACAAGACAGAUGACCCGUUCAUGGACGAGUACCAGGAGGUGGAGGCAGAGCUGGAGAAGCUGCUCGAGGCUGCCAGCGACGUGGCCCUGGAGCAGAACAGAGCCCUGGUAGCAGCGAAGAAUGCGGAACUGCGCCGGGCAAAGAACGUGCUGCUUACGGAUGGAAUUCAAGCGCUGGAGAAGAAGGUCAAGAAGGGGAAAGGCCUGAACAAGCACAUAAUUGCUGAUCGGCAAGAGAAGAUCAAAGAGUUGAUAGAAAGGAUCUACGCGGUGCCGGACGGCAUGAGCAUGGCGGGGGCCCGCAGGCCCGCGCGGGCGUACGUGAAAGGCAAGAAGGGCGACCCAAUUUACAUCAACGGCGAGUUUGAAUCGAAUGCGGCCAGCCAGGACGGAUACUACGCCCACACAGAAGCGACGCAGGCCUUCGAGAAGGAGUGGGACGACGCGAAACGGAAGCAGGACGAGCGGCUCGACCGCAUUCACGAGGGCGUCACCCAGCUGGGCGAAAUCGCCGUCACGCUGGGUGAGGAGGUCAACCGGCAGGCACCCAUCAUCGACGACAUUGAGAAGCAGAUGGACAAGGUGACCGGCACGCUCAAAACCAACAACCAGAAGCUCGCUGGUGUGUUGAAGAACAUGCGCUCCAGCCGCAACUUCUGCGUCGACAUUAUUCUGAUUACUGUCCUGCUCGCCAUCGGCGCCUACAUCUAUUCAAUGUUCAUGUAAUUGGCUGCGUGGUAGGCAGUCGGUCAGGGGUAACGGGCUGGGGCGAGAGAGGGGCACGACUUGUAGGACCGUCAAUACAGUAGUUGGCUUUGUGUCGUACAGUGGUCAGACGGUGUCACGUGGUUGCCACGGUGUGCUGAUAAUGUCGAUGUACUCGAAACUCAACGUAUAGAACCCCUAACACCUUCUAACUCAGCAGGUAGGGCGUGACAAUUGAAGCAGUCAUGCACAAAUGCCAAGUCUUUUAUGCCAGGUGGUGCCUUGAAAGAGCCUGUGUGUAUUGUUUGCAUAGCGUGCUGCGCAAUAACUUGAAGUGCGGAUAGCAGUCUAUUGUGUUGCCAUGUUAUAAGUAUGUGUUUUAGGAGUGUGUACGGUAUGGGCAUGGAAGCCGCUGUCAUGAUGGUUGCAGUAAGCAUAAUAACCGGGCGUGUGUAGCAGGAGCGUCGCUUGGAAGCCUGUCGGUAAUGGUCACGGGUAAAAAGGCGUUUGCGGAUACUGCAGAGUGGGGAAGACCUGAUCACUUUUUCCCGGUGUUCAGGGGUGUGGCGUAAAACCCUGUGUGUGUCAGGCAUGUGUAAUGUAUAAAUGUGUUCAGCGCGCGCAUUUGCAUAGGGAAGUCUUCGGGAGUUUGGGCGUAAUGCCGUAUCAAGCACAGCCUUCUGAUGUGUAGACACACGCGCAUUAAUAAUGGCGGGGCUCUGAAGCGUCAGUGCGCAAGGAGUUGUGUGUAAAAAGGCUGCCGGUGCACGCUGUCCAUACAUCUCAUGGCAGAGCUUUAAACGGGGGGUGGGUUGAGUCGAGCGGAUGUGCAUGGAUAGCAUCCCGCGUGCCCGUGUGAGCGAAGUCUUGAAACAGGACCGCCGAUGGCGCAGCGUGAUAGCGCUCGUCAAGAGGAGUCGAUCGGCACUAUUUGGGCAUUAAACGGAGGGUUUUAACUUGCAAACCCCCAAAACAACAAGAUUUUGUCCAUGCGGGGGUCGGUCGUCCCUCAAGGGGCAUCCCGGGGAUUCCGCGGCAUGGGGUCUGGCACUUUGUUUCCUGCCCCACCCCUACCCCCACCCUCAAGUCCCAGGAACGGAAAAGGCGUGAGGGAGCUGGCUGCCCGGGGAGGGCUGGGCAAGGCCGCAAGGGGCUGCCCGGCAGGAGGGUUGGUGGCCCAUGCCAG